AUAAGUUUCGCGCUUCUGUUUUCACAUAUUUGUAAGUUAUAUGUAGGUUAAAUGUAAGUUAUAUGGAGAUUACAAGAAAUAUAACUCGAAUAUAGUGUUGAUAUAACCUUCAUUAUAUACGCAGCUGCUGCGCAUGCAAUUAUUUUCCAAAAUUGUGAGAGGUAUACAUGUAAACUUCCCAAAAACUAAAUGAGAACAUUCCCCAAAAUCAAGGAGCCAACCAAUAUGAAGGAAACAUGGAGAGCACUACCGUAUUCUAUUCUAUUCUUAGGCAACCUCAGCCCAACCUCCCCUUCCCCUCCCCCUUCUCCCAACAACCAUGGAAACGCAUCCCUCAAUUUUCUCCCAUUUCCUCUGCCCUCCAGCAAUACCAUCAACCAACUGCUCUCACUCCCUCCCCCCACCGCACCGCCUGUCUCCAUGGCCGGCCAGGCGGCGCCAUGGCUCCUCAUCUCCCUCUCCCUCUCCCUCUCCACCAUCACCGUCCACUCCCUCGGCGCCGAGGAAGGGGAAGCCCUCCUCCGAUUCAAAGCCACCCUAUCAAUCGAUCUCAAUUCAUGGAUCCCCGGCCCCGCUCCCUGUUUCCUGAACUCCACCACCUGGGAAGGCGUCAUCUGCUCCAACAGCCGCGUUUGGGGGAUCCAGCUCGAGAACAGAGGCCUCGUCGGAACCCUAGAUCUCCGACCUUUGAUCCCCCUGCCUGCCCUCCGCACCAUCAGCUUCAUGGGCAAUGAGCUCGGGGGUCCUCUGCCUCCUGAUCUCAACCGCCUCGGCGCUCUAAAGGCUGUUUAUCUGUCGGGGAACAAUUUCUCCGGCGAGAUUCCGGCGGAUGCGUUCGCCGGUAUGAGAUCUCUCAAGAAGCUUUUUUUAUCCAAGAAUGGCUUUGACGGCCCGAUUCCAGGCUCGCUUGUUAGCCUUGAUAAGUUGCUGGAGCUCCGGUUAGAUCAUAAUGAGUUCGCCGGCGGUUUGCCGGAGUUUGCUCAGCCCCGCCUCGCGGUUGUCGACGUGUCGUUCAAUCGUUUGGAGGGGGCUAUUCCUCAUAGACUCAGCAGGAUGAACCCUGCUUUUUUUCAAGGCAACCAAAUGCUCUGCGGCUCCCCCCUCACCGUAACCUGCAACAGGAAAACCAUACCUGCAAAACAUGGAGUUUCUCCUGCCUGGCUUCUGUAUCUCUCAAUCACUAUGGCCACCAUCUUCUCCUCCCUCCUCCUCGUCCUCCUCCUCCUCCUCAUCCGGAAAAACAGUAAAAUCAUCGGCCGCCCAUUCUACACCGCAAAACAAGCCGGCGAAAACCUAGAGCAGGGUGCGGCCGCCAAGCACCGCCACCACACCACCGCAGCAAGAUCGGUGGAAGGAAAGAGUACCGGCGGGAGAAAAAGCGAGUAUGGGAAGCUUUCUUUCAUUCAGCAAGGAGGGGAAAGAUUCGACAUUAACGACCUUCUCAGGGCAUCGGCGGAGGUGCUCGGAAGUGGAAACUUUGGCUCGUCGUUUAAGGCGGUGCUGUCGGCCGGUCCCAGCGUCGUCGUCAAGAGGUUUAAGGAGAUGAACAGAUUGGGGAGAGAAGAGUUCAGCGAGCACAUGAGAAGGCUGGGGAGGCUCUCACAUCCUAAUCUCCUUCCACUGAUAGCAUAUCACCUCAAAAAAGAGGAGAAAUUGCUCAUCACUGAAUUCAUUCCAAAUGGCAGCUUGGCUCACAUGCUCCAUGGCAAUCGUGGGUCGACUUUGCCGCCGCUUUACUGGCCAACGAGGUUGAAGGUAGUGAAAGGAGUAGCCCGCGGAUUAGCGUAUCUUUACGAUGAGCUAUCAAUGCUAACCCUCCCCCACGGCCACCUCAAGUCCUCCAAUGUCCUCCUCGAUGAAUCUUUCGAUCCCCUCCUCACCGACUACGCUUUAGUCCCAGUCAUGAACUUAGCCCACGCAACACAGGUCAUGGUUGCCUACAAGUCCCCGGAGGUCUCCCAAUCUGGCCAGCCGUCGAAGAAGAGUGAUGUGUGGAGCCUUGGCAUUCUAAUACUUGAGAUUCUUACAGGCAAAUUUCCGGCGAACUUCUUGCACACCAGUGCCGGCGGCACAGAUCUUUCUGCCUGGGUGAGUUCAGUGAUGGAAGAGGAAUGGAACAGCGAGGUUUUUGAUCCUGACAUGAGGGGCACUGAGAAUGGUGAGAGUGAGAUGCAGAAGCUGCUGAAGAUAGGGUUGGACUGCUGCGAGGAGAAUAUAGAGAAGAGGAUAGAGAUGAGGGAAGCGCUUGAAAGGAUUGAGGAGUUGAAGGAGAGGGAGGGUUGAUUCAAACAUGAGAUCUUGGCAUGAACUGGAGAGGCUGUUUGUGAAGUUGGAAGCUAUCUCAUCCUAGAGUGUUUUUUGGGUGGCAUUAGA